CCGGCUCGCCGUGCCGCGCUGGGAAGCCGUGCUGCCGCGCCCCCGGCCCCGGGAAGGGCAUGGCCCCGGCGGACCCCCGGCGGUGACUCGCGCGCCCCGGCCCCGUGGAUGCUCCGGGCGCACCGCUCCCGUGUGUCGCGGCUUCCGAAGGACAGGUGUCCAAGGAUGAGGCAUCCGGACAAGAUGCCCACGCGGGUGCACUGGCGAGUACUCUCCGUGGUGCUGAUUCUGGUCUGGGGCCAUCCUCCAGCCUCGCUCGCCUGCCCUCACCCUUGCACCUGCUAUGUUCCCAGCGAGGUGCACUGCACGUUUCGCUCCCUGGUUUCUGUGCCAGCUGGGAUUUCUAAACAUGUGGAAAGAAUCAAUUUGGGGUUUAAUAGUAUACAGGCUUUGUCAGAAACCUCAUUUGCAGGACUGGCCAAGUUGGAACUACUUAUGCUUCAUGGCAACAACAUCCCCAGCAUCCCCGACGGGGCUUUAAGAGACCUCAGCUCUCUACAGGUUUUCAAGUUCAGCUACAACAAGCUACGAGUGAUCACAGGACAGACGCUGCAGGGGCUCUGGAGCCUAAUGAGGCUGCACAUUGACCAUAACAAGAUUGAGUUUAUCCACCCACAGGCUUUCAAUGGCUUAACGUCCCUAAGGCUACUCCAUUUAGAAGGAAACCUGCUCCACCAGCUACACCCUGGCACAUUCUCCACAUUCACGUUUCUGGAUUACUUCAGACUCUCCACCAUAAGACACCUCUACUUAGCAGAGAACAUGAUUAGAACUCUUCCCACGGGCAUGCUUCAGAAUAUGCCACUUCUGGAGAAUCUUUACCUUCAGGGGAAUCCGUGGUCCUGUGAUUGUGACAUGAGAUGGUUUCUGGAAUGGGACGCAAAAUCCAAAGGGAUACUGAAGUGUAAGAAAGACAAAGCUUAUGAAGGUGGGCAGUUAUGUGCCAUGUGCUCCAGUCCCAAGAAGAUGCACAAACAAGAGAUUCACAAGUUGAAGGACGUUACUUGUCAGAAGCCUUCCAUAGAGUCCCCUCUGAGACAGAACAGGAGUCUUGAGGAGGAGCAGGACCAAGAGGAAGACAGCGACAGCCAGCUCUCCCUGGAGAGGUUCCAAUUCCCCCCGUGGAACAUCUCUUUGAACAUGACUGACGAGCACCAGAACACAGUGAACUUGGUCUGUGACAUCAGGAAGCCAAUGGAUGCGUACAAAAUUCACCUGAACCAAACGGAUCCUCAAGAGAUUGAGAUAAAUGCCACAGUCACCUUGGACUUUGAAUGUCCGAUGACCCGGGAAAACUAUGAAAAGCUGUGGAAACUGAUCGCCUAUUACAGUGAGGUCCCCGUUAAGCUGCACCGAGAACUCCCUCUCAGCAAAGACCCCAAAGUCAGCUACCAGUACAGGCAAGAUGCUGACGACGAUGCUCUUUACUACACAGGCGUCAAAGCCCAUAUUCUUGCAGAACCAGAAUGGGUCAUGCAGCCGUCCAUAGAUAUCCAACUGAACCGACGUCAGAGUACAGCCAAAAAAGUGUUGCUCUCCUAUUCUUCCCACUACGCUUUAACAAUGCCCGCCAAAGAUGCAAGGCAGUCUCGGAGCAGAAGCUGGGUCAUGAUCGAGCCAAGUGGAGCGGUGCAAAGAGCUCAGACUGUCUUGGAAGGGAGUCCGUGCCAGCUGAGCUGCAAUGUGAAGGCUUCUGAGAGUCCAUCCAUCUUCUGGGUGCUCCCGGAUGGCUCUGUCCUGAAAGCACCCAUGGAGGACCAGGAUGGCAAGUUCUCCAUCCUCACCAGUGGCUGGCUGAAGAUCAAGUCAACAGACCAGCUGGACUCUGGUUUGUACCAGUGCAUUGCUCAGGUGAAGGAUGAAAUGGACCGGAUGGUGUACAGGGUUCUUGUUCAGCCACCUGCCACUCAGCCACCUAAUAGCCAUACAGUGACUAUUCAAAAGAACCCAGGGGAGCCAGUGAUGUUGCCUUGUAAUGCAUUGGCAAUCCCUGAAGCUGAGCUUAGCUGGAUUCUUCCAAACAAAAGGAUAAUUAACAAUUUGGCUAACACAUCACACACUUACAUGUUGGCAAAUGGAACUCUUUCCAUCCCAAAGGUCCAAGUCAGCGACAGUGGUUACUACAGAUGCGUAGCUGUCAACCAGCAAGGGGCAGAUCAUUUCACCGUGGAGGUCACAGUGAGCAAGAAAGGAUCUGGCAGGUCAGCCAAAACAGGCAGACGCCCAGGUGGGAAGGCUCUUUCCAGAAGGAGAGGAGAUGUUGUGGAGGAUGAAGGGGGCUCAGGCAUGGGAGAUGAAGAUAACACUUCGAGGAGAGUUCUACAUCCAAAGGACCAAGAGAUGCUCAUCAAAACCAAGGACGAUGCCAUUCCCGGGGGUAAGAAAACCAAGAAAGGGAGAAGAAAACUGAACCUCAAAGAACCAGAGACAAACAUCGCAGAGGGUCGCAGAGUGUUCGAGUCCAGACGAAGGAUAAAUAUGGCAAACAAACAGAUUAACCCAGAGCGCUGGGCAGAUAUUUUAGCCAGAGUACGCGGGAAAAAUCUCCCUAAGGGAACAGAAGGACCCCAGGUCAUUAAAACCACCACUCCUCCAUCAGUGAGUCUCCAAGAGACACCCCUUAUGCUUGCUGUUCCUCCCCCCUCAAUAUGGCCUGUGCAGACCACAACCAGUGCCGAAGAAUCCUCAGCAGAUGUGUCUUUAUUUGAUGAGGAAGAACAGGUUUCCAGUACUGUUUCCUCAACCAGGAUGGCACCAGAACAUGGCCACGAUGGAGUAAUCCUUGCUGAACCCAAAGUGACAAGCACCCACCUGGAGGAAUUUACUGAUGAUCAGUUAUUUGACAAGACAGAGGACACGCAUCCUACUGAUGUUGGCUCAAAGUGGGCUACAGCCACUAUACUGAUCUCUGUGCCUUAUGAAUCUUCUCCUACUCCACAGACCCUGGACAGAGUCUACGAAGAGCCCACCAAUGAAAAUAUAGCCACAGAGGGCUGGUCUACUGCAGAUGUUGGAUCCAUGCCAGAGCCUACAUCAAAUGAGUAUGAGUCUCCAUUGGAUAUCAUCUCUUUGGCUGAGUCUGGGACUGUGCCAUAUGUUUAUCCAGAUUUGGAGACUAAUUCGCAACCCAGUGAAGAUAAGAUGAACGAACUGACCUCCACACACUUUACUCCAACCCCCACCUGGUGGGUUGCUGACUCUAGGACAGCUGAGCCAUUUGAAGAUCUCCCUUUAGAGGCGCCAGGUGUCCCCACACAAGUGCAUCUACAGGAACAAACAGACAACCUCCAGCUUGCGCAAGAUGGUUUAAGCACUCAGGGCAACACAUUGAUUAAAAAGGGCACAGAAGAGACUUCUCAGACACUACAGGAAGGAGAUAUGCUAGAGAGAGACCCCACAAACUCCAGAAGUCCUGGGAGUAAGAGACAGGGCAUCGAAUCCACCACUCUGCAUGACUCUCUACUGAGAGUGAUGAACAGCAAACAUUCCUUCAAGCAUCCCCAGGAAACCACACCGGGCACCAUGUUUGACAAGGACAUCUCCACAGUAGCGAUGAUGAUGCCAACUCAAAAGGCCACUUCACCAUCGGCGCUCACCACUCACCCUUCUCGAAAGAGACAGAAGGGAAGGAAGAAAUCACGCCACCAGAGACUCCAACACUGGCAUAAACAAACUCCACCCACGACUCCUGCCCCAACGAGUUUCUCGACUCGACCAACGCAAGUACCUGAAGUGAAAAUUCUAAACCAAGUGGAGAGUUCACUGGUUCCUACAUCUUGGGUUGAUAGCACAGUUGGUAUCCCCAAACAGUUGGAGAAGCAUGCAGAACCAGUAUCCAAAGGAACAUCACGAAGGAAACAAGGAAAGAGGCCAAAUAAACAUCGGUCUUCUAUUUCUACAGCAAGCCCUAGACCUUCUGUGUCCACACCCAGCCCUUCCAUAGAAAAUCAACAAAAAAAUGUGAUUACCUCUAGUACAGAAACUGUACUUUUGUCUACAACGGCUUCUCUGGGAACUGGGGACCCACAUGAGAUAACUAGAAUGGAAGAGUAUGUGACAAGCACUGCAAAAAUACAUUUAUCUCAUGAUAAACUCCAAGAGACAAUUCCAGUCACAUACAAACCUGCAUUAGAUGAAAAGGAAAGUAAGAAUGAUGAUGUCACAAACAUCAAUGACUAUACAACUGACAGUUUAGUCUCUGGUAAGUCCAUCACUAAUGUCGUAUCACCUUCUGACUCCGAGGUGUCCACCGUGGGAGAAUUUCAGGAAGAAUCCUCCCCUUCUGCCUCUCCCGGAACUGCAAGCUGGAAUCUCCCAAAGGCAGUCCAGCCUGGGGGACUGCAGAUAGACACACCUGUUACCAGCUCUUGGGAAAUCCUUACAGACUCAUCUUUUGUUAAAGAGUCGGAGGAUCUGGAUUUUCCUUCUGAGUUUUCACCUUCUGUUGCAGUCUUGACACUAUUUCAACAGGAAAAGGUGGUUGCAUCAACUACUCUCUCUCGUAUGAAAGCAGAGUCGCCUUCACGUCAAGCAGAAACCACCAUCAGUGGUCGGGAUCAUCAAGAAACCACUCCAGCUGAAAUUAGACCACAGCCUCUCAUCCCAACUCCUGCCCCAAUGGAGGAGCCAACAUCCUCAUUCUCACCCACGACCCUUGUGUCUUUAGCACAAACCACCACGAAGUCCAGGCCUCUUACUUCGAAAACAUUUCCAACUUCAAGAGGUUCCAAGGAAAACGUUUCCUUGAAUUAUGUGGGAAUCCCCAAAACUGAAACACCCCUAGUGAAUAAUGAGGGAACUCAACAUUUAUUCAGGCCAAGUGAAUUAUCCACCCUGUCUUCCAACCAGGAUACAUUUAACUUAAGUCCAAAGCAGGAGUUAGGAAAGGAAGCAUUUGAUGGUAGGACCAAAAACAUUCUUCCACGUGGCCCAGAGAGUCACCACCAGGAUAGAAGAGUCCAAAUUUUCCAUCAACCAACCAAACCUAUCCCACCGAGAGGGACCGUUAGGCCACCUCACGUGGCCACACAAAGUCCCUCUAGAUACUUUGUAACUUUCCAGCCCCCUCGUCACUUGACCAGCAAACCGGAAAUAACUGCGUAUCCUACAAGGGUUUUGCCAGAGAUCAAGCACUUUACGACUCCAAAAUUAUCAAGCACAACAACUCCUAUUGUUCCGUUGCAUGGGUCCAAACCUGGCAUUCCUAGUAAAUUUACUGACCAAGGAACUGACCAAUUCAACGGCCACUCCAAAGUCUUUGGAAAUAACAACAUCCCUGAUCUCAGAGACCCUGUUGGCAAGCUUCCAACUCCAAGAGUUCCUUACUAUCCCCAUGGAAGAUUCCCUUUCUUUUUCAACAAGACUGUCUCUUUCCCACAAUUGGGAGUUACACUGAAACCCCGGACACCCACUUCUCCCGCCCCAGUGACGAGAGAGAGAAAAGUCAACCCAGGUGCCUACAAUAGGAUACAUUCUCAGAGCAUCAUCCACAUGGAUUUUGGACCCCCCGCACCUCCAUUACUGCAUCCUCCUCGGACCACGGCGUUACCAUCAACGAACUUAAAGAACAUCCCUCUGGUCUACUCCACUCGGAGCUCCAUCCCCAUCAUGACAUCUUCUGGCCAGCCCUCCAGAAGCUUCCAUCAGAGCGGCUCAAAACUCUUCUCUCCCGUAGGACCGCCUGCAUCCAAAUUCUGGACGCUUGGGGAAAAGCCCCAAAUUAUCACCAAAUCCCCUCAGUCCAUGUCCAUCACUGUGGACACUGAUGCUAUGAUCCCAUGUGAAGCAACAGGGAAGCCCAAGCCCUUCAUUACCUGGACAAAGGUUUCCACAGGAGCUAUCAUGACCCCAAACACCAGAGUGCAACGAUUCGAAGUCCUCAAGAACGGCACCUUCGUCAUCCGAAACGUCCAGGUGCAGGACCGUGGCCAGUACAUGUGCACCGCCAAAAACUUGCACGGCGUGGACAGGAUGGUUGUCCUGCUGUCUGUCACGGUGCAGCAGCCCCAAAUCCUAGCUUCCCACUACCAGGAUGUCACCGUCUACCUGGGAGACACGAUUGCCAUGGAGUGUCUGGCCAAGGGGACCCCAGCCCCCCAGAUCUCCUGGAUUUUCCCGGACAGGAGGGUGUGGCAGACCGUGUCCCCCGUGGAGGGCAGGGUCACCCUGCACGAAAACCGCACCCUUUCCAUCAAAGAGGCAACCUUCUCCGACAGAGGUGUAUACAAGUGCGUGGCCAGCAAUGCAGCCGGCGCCGACAGCCUGGCCAUCCGCCUCCAUGUGGCGGCCUUGCCCCCGGUCAUCCACCAGGAGAAGAUGGAGAACAUCUCGCUGCCCCCGGGACUCAGCAUCCACAUCCACUGCACCGCCAAGGCCGCGCCCCUGCCCAGCGUGCGCUGGGUGCUCUGGGAUGGGACCCAGAUCCGCCCCUCGCAGUUCAUCAACGGGAACCUGUUCGUCUUCCCCAAUGGGACGCUCUACAUCCGCAACCUGGCGCCCAAGGAUAGCGGGCGCUACGAGUGCGUGGCCGCCAACCUGGUGGGCUCUGCGCGCAGGACUGUGCAGCUGACCGUUCAGCGCGCGGCGGCCAACGCGCGCAUCACCAGCACCUCCCCGCAGAGGACCGACGUCCGCUACGGUGGGACCCUCCGGCUGGACUGCAGCGCCUCGGGGGACCCCUGGCCGCGCAUCCUCUGGAGGCUCCCAUCCAAGAGGAUGAUCGACGCGCUCUUCAGCUUUGAUACCAGAAUCAAGGCGUUUGCCAACGGGACCCUGGUGGUGAAAUCCGUCACGGACAAAGACGCGGGAGACUACCUGUGUGUCGCCCGGAACAAGGUCGGGGAUGACUUUGUCGUGCUCAAAGUUAACGUGGUCAUGAAACCAGCCAAGAUUGAGCACAAAGAAGAGAAUGACCACAGGGUCUUCUAUGGGGGGGACCUGAAGGUCGACUGCGUGGCCACUGGGCUUCCCAACCCGGAGAUCUCCUGGAGCCUCCCGGAUGGGAGCCUGGUCAACUCCUUCAUGCAGGCCGACGACAGUGGCGGGCGUGCCAAGCGCUAUGUGGUCUUCAACAAUGGGACCCUCUAUUUCAACGAAGUAGGCAUGCGGGAGGAAGGCGACUACACCUGCUUUGCGGAAAACCAGGUGGGGAAGGAUGAGAUGCGAGUGCGCGUCAAGGUGGUGACAGAGCCCGCAGCCAUCCGGAACAAGACGUACUCCGUGGUCCAGGUCCCCUAUGGGGAUGUGGUCACCGUGGCGUGCGAGGCCAAGGGGGAGCCCACGCCCAGAGUGACGUGGCUCUCUCCAACCAACAGGCUGAUCCCCACCUCCUCCGAAAAGUAUCAGAUAUAUCAGGACGGCACUCUCCUGAUUCAGAAAGCCCAGCGCUCGGACAGCGGGAACUACACUUGUGUGGUCAGAAAUAGCGCCGGGGAGGACAGGAAGACAGUCUGGAUCCAUGUCAACGUCCAGUCACCCAAGAUCAACGGGCACCCCAAUGCCAUCACCACGGUGCGCGAGAUUGCCCCCGGGGGCAGCCGGAAACUCAUUGACUGCCAAGCGGAAGGCAUCCCCACCCCCAGGGUGCUGUGGGCCUUUCCCGAGGGCGUGGUUCUGCCGGCCCCCUACUAUGGGAACCGGAUCACCAUCCAUCGCAACGGCACCCUGGACAUCAGGAGUCUGAGGAAGAGCGACUCCGUCCAGCUGGCGUGCAUUGGCCGUAACGAGGGGGGUGAGGCCAAGCUGAUCGUCCAGCUCACCGUCUUGGAGCCGGUGGAGAAGCCCAUCUUCCACGACCCGGUCAGUGAGAAGAUUACCGCCAUGGCGGGCCACACCAUCAGCCUCAACUGCUCAGCUGGGGGGACCCCCACACCCACCCUGCUGUGGGUCCUUCCCAACGGGACGGAGCUCCAGAGUGGCCAGCAGCUGCAGAGGUUCUUCCAUAAGGGUGAUGGCAUGUUGCACAUCAGCGGCCUCUCCUCCGUGGACGCGGGGGCCUACCGCUGCGUGGCGCGCAACUCCGCGGGCUACACGGAGAGGCUGGUCUCUCUGAAGGUGGGGCUGAAGCCGGCACCGAACAACCAGUACCACAAUCUGGUGAGCAUCAUCAACGGUGAGACCCUACAGCUUCACUGCGUCGCUCCAGGGGGCCGGCAGGCACGCUUCUCUUGGACGCUGCCCAACGGCAUGUUCUUGGAGAGCCCUCAAGCACGAGGGCGCUUCUCCCUUGGGGAAAAUGGCACCCUCACCGUCCGCGAUGCCUCAGUGUUUGACAGGGGCACCUACGUGUGCAAGGCGGAGACGGAGUAUGGCUCUUCCGUCACGAACUUCCCCGUUAUUGUGAUAGCCUAUCCACCUCGGAUCACCAGCGAACCAACGCCUGUCAUCUACACCCGGCCUGGGAACACUGUCAAGAUGAACUGCAUGGCCAUGGGAGUCCCCAAAGCUGAGAUCACGUGGGAGCUACCGGAUAGAUCACAUCUGACUGCUGGGGCACAGGCCCGUCUGUACGGGAACAGGUUCCUUCACCCACAAGGAUCCUUAACCAUCCAGCAGGCCACACAGAGAGACGCCGGCUUCUACAAGUGUACCGCGAAGAACAUCCUGGGCAGUGACUCCAAAACAACUUACAUUCAUGUCUACUGAAACACCUGCGGGAGAACGUGCCCUCCACAGUCAUUGCUUACGAUGUCAGCACAAAGCCUGAUUUGCAAGGAAAGCCGGGGCCGGAGGGUCAGAACCCUAAAAGGAUUUGUCAUUGGCACAGUGGUGCCCACUUGGCAUUCAGGUUCAUGUUGACUUUGACCUAUGCUUAUUGGCGAAAGGAAGCAGUCAGACGUGGGAAAGAGGGGUCCACCUGUCUGGGGACUUUCUUCCACAUUUCCAGGAUGCCGUGUGCUCAUGGGUGCAAAUUUACAAUGUCUGUGUUGCAAACAACAUUCUGAUGCUUUAACAACCAUCUGUAGCAUCCCUAAGGAGCAUUCACUGAAAAUAAACCAUAGAGAUUAACAGUGCCUUGCCACCCCAUUGAACAUGCACCACUUAGUUAACCCACUGCCAUUUUUACAUGAUAGAACAUUCUAGAAUGAGUACCCAUCUUUCAGUUAUUGCCUCUGUCACUUCAAAACUCCAAUGUGCCCAGUAAGGGCUUAGAACCAGAGUGAUUGAUUUUUUUUUUUGUUUUUUUUUGUAAUGUACAAAUUACAUACAAUACAGCUACCAUUUUAUAUGAAAGAACUCUUUCUCCCUGGAACUCACUUUUUAUAUAGUUUAUAUAUAUAUAUAUAUAUAUAUACACAUAUAUAUAUAUAUAUUUCUAAUCAGACGAUGAGACUAGAAAGAGAAAGAAAUACUUUCUGUCUCAUUAAAAAUAAUAAAUUAUUGGUCUUUACAAGACUUGGGUACAUUAGAGCAGUCAUGGAAAUGCAAUUAAAAAAAAUUCCUCCCCAACUUCCUUCAAAUUCAGUAACUGCUGUUAUAUUACCGUUCCCAGGAACCCCACAGGGAGGGAGGCUGAGAUCUUGGAUUUCCUUCUUUAUGAAGUUUAUCUUAAAAGCUGUGGUGGGGGGAGAGGAGAGGAAGGAGAGAGCUAAGUCGUGACCCCGCAGAAUGAAUCCAGAGCCUUCCGGAAAAAUCCAGAAACGUCUCUCCCCCUGUCAGUUUGUGCCCACAGAAAGUAGGAGAUCUGUCAUUUCCAUGACUGCUUUACUGUAUUUUUAAGGUCAAUAUAAUGUACAUUUGAUAAUAAAAUACUAUUUUCCAAAUAA